AAGCUUUUCAUUUUCAGCUUAUAUACUGGUAUAGAGGGGGGAAGACGAAAAGAUAUAUAGAGAGAAUAAGGAAACGAUUUUGGGUAUUUGGUAACGUUGAUUCAGGUGAUAAAUGAGCAAGAAAAAGCGGUUUUUGGAAACCCAUAAAGGUGGUGGUAUUGGUAAUAUUGGUUGCUAAUUACAAGACUCCAAGAGUGGUAUUGUAACUGAAAAAAAGCAAGCUGAGAAAAAACAGUAGAAAGAGCACAAAAGCAGUUACAUACAAUUGUGUGUGUUUACAUUUAGUGAGAGAUAUAAGAGCUGCACAUAAUGGCUAUUUUGUUUGCUACUUAAAAUGGAUCCAUAUUUAGAAUGUUAUCAUCUUUGGUUUGUUUUGAUUUGUAAUGAUGAUCAUCGUUUUGGGUGUGUUGAAGUGCGUGAAUAUUAAACUUUCUUCAUCAAACAAAAGCUUUGUUUGUUAGCAUCCUUUUUUUUUUUUUUUUCUUAUCUUUGGGACCUUGAGUUUCUUGGAGCUUUUGGGAUUAUUUUUAGUGGUGUUUUAAUGGUUCUGGUUGAAGGUUAUAGAGGAGCUUCUGUGGCACAUAGUCAAAAUACAGGUAUGGGAAGUGAGGAUUUGUAUACAGAGCUGUGGAAGGCAUGUGCAGGGCCUUUAGUGGAUGUUCCUCGGAAUGGAGAACGUGUUUACUACUUUCCACAGGGUCACAUCGAACAAUUAGAGGCUUCAACAAAUCAAGCUGUGAAUCAGCAGAUUCCUCAGUUUAAUCUUUCUUCUAAGAUACUCUGCCGCGUUGUUCACAUCCAGUUACUGGCUGAGGCAGACACUGAUGAGGUCUAUGCCCAGAUCACAUUGCAUCCGGAGGCAGAGCAAGAGGAGCCUUCUAAACCUGAUCCAUGCCUGCCUGAUCUGCCAAAACGAACGGUUCACUCGUUCUGUAAGAUUUUAACCGCAUCAGAUACGAGCACUCAUGGAGGAUUUUCUGUUCUUCGGAAGCACGCUAAUGAAUGUCUCCCGCAACUGGACAUGACUCAGGCGACUCCGACCCAAGAUCUGGUUGCUAAAGAUCUUCAUGGGUAUGAGUGGCGAUUUAAGCAUAUCUUUAGAGGCCAACCUCGAAGACACUUGCUCACUACUGGAUGGAGUACAUUUGUAACAUCCAAGAGAUUGGUUGCUGGUGAUGCUUUCGUGUUCCUGAGGGAUGGUAAUGGAGAACUACAUGUUGGGGUUCGGCGUCUUGCUCGCCAGCAAAGCCCUAUGCCUCAAUCUGUGAUAUCCAGCCAAAGUAUGCAUCUCGGAGUUCUUGCGACUGCAUCUCAUGCUAUUACAACGAACACUCGGUUUGUUGUGUAUUAUAAGCCAAGGACAAGUCAAUUUAUAGUUGGAUUAAACAAGUAUCUGGAGGCUGUGAGUCAUGGGUUCUCGGUGGGUAUGCGUUUCAGGAUGAGGUUUGAAGGAGAAGAUUCUCCCGAAAGAAGAUUUACUGGAACGAUAGUUGGAACUGGUGACAUUUCCUCGCAAUGGUCAGAAUCUAAAUGGCGAUCCUUGAAGAUUCACUGGGAUGAACCGGCAUCCAUGGUAAGGCCAGACAGGGUAUCUCCAUGGGAGAUAGAGCCUUUUGUCGCUCCUACUAGUGGAGAUGUUGCACAACCAGGAAUAAAGAGCAAAAGACCCCGACCCCUUGAUCUUCCCCGCACUGAAAUUGCAGUUGCCUCAGCUUCUUCUCCAUUCUGGUACCCUGGAUCUGGUCCUACUCUUGAAGUGAGCCACUUAGGUAGUAUUACUGAAGUGCAAAGCCAUGAUAACCAACUAUUCUGGUCCUCAAAGCAGAAUAGCAGCCUCUCCAACGGCGUGAGCAACACUAGUUGUAGGACACAUAUCAGUGGAGCUUGGCAGCAUAGUAUACUUGAAAAUGGUUCCCUCAAUCUGCUCCGCGACUCGAUUGAAGACAACAAGCAGCUGAUCACACGAUCAGCUCUGUUGGAUUAUGGUUCUCCGAUGUCCUCAAGGGCAAGUAAUGGCCUCUUACAUGACCUAGUGGAUAGGGGUAAUAAGCGUGAGAUAUCUUCUAGCUGUCGCUUAUUUGGAAUUGACUUGCGGAACUCUAAUAAUACGCCUACUAAGGCGAAAGAAAUUCUUGGUCCGAAUGUUGCAUCCAGCUCAGCUGAUCAGGCGCCCAUGGUGCCUGACAAGUCUGACGUUGAUAAGGACCAGUGUGUUGAGCAUCUGAAUCAUUCAGACGAAAAGGAGCAAGUCCCAUUGGAGGCACUACCAAAGGAUACACACAAGCAGGGCCUCACUUCUUCACGAACUCGUACCAAGGUACAAAUGCAAGGGGUUCGUGUUGGACGUGCGGUUGACUUGACUGCACUAAGUGGCUAUGAUAAUCUUAUCAGUGAGCUGGAGAAGAUAUUCGACAUCAAGGGAGAGCUUUGCCCUCGAAACAAAUGGGAAGUUGUGUACACGGAUGACGAGGAUGAUAUGAUGCUUGUUGGGGACGAUCCAUGGCCAGAGUUCUGCAAUAUGGUGAGGAGGAUAUUUAUAUAUUCUAGCGAGGAAGUGAAGAAGAUGACCCCUAGAUGCAAGCUUCCUAUUUUAUCAGUAGAAGGCGAAGCGACAAUGCCAAGUGUAGAUUCAGAGGUUAAACCUUGAAGGAUGAAGAAAACUUGCACAAACUUGUUGAUAUAAUGGCUAGAAAUAUAUGUGGGGGUAAAAAGGCUUAACGAGAAGACAUGUUUUUUCUUUAUUUAAUUUUUGUUUGUUUCUCUUCUCUUGUGAAAAAAACUAGGAAGGGCAGUGGAGUUAAAAGUGUUUUGCUCCUAAGUAGAAGAGUACUGAGGAACUGCCUUCAUGGAUUAAUGACUUUAUUAAUCUUGUAGUUAAGGUUAGUUGUGGAAAAAUGUAAAUACCUUUGUCGUUGUUGACAUGUUUUGGUGGGGUUUGAUUUGAUCAGUCUGUGGAAAAAGCCAACUAAUUUAGACAUGCUUGUUUCUUGAUGGCAAACUAUAGUUGAGCUAUUUCUUUAUAGCACUGAGUGGAAAAAAAGUGACAGUAACUGUAACAUUAACAGCUAUGAAUUUGUGGCCCCCCAUUAUCUUUUCA